AUGUCCUCAGAAAAAAUAUUUCAAGGAAUGUUAAACAUAGGGGAGAUGAUCACGAGAUCAACUGCUGUGCUUACAUCUGUUUGUGGCAUUAAACAAGAACGUACAAAUUUCAGUAUGGGGUAUAAUAAUAAUAAUAAUAAUAAUAAUAAUAAUAAUAAUAAUAAUAAUAAUAAUAAUAAUAAUAAUAAUAAUAAUAAUAAUAAUAAUAACCUUUAA